GGAGUGGGCAUGGGUGUGGGUGCAGCAAGAGUGUAUUUGCACACGUGUCAGCGUGUGGAUGUGCUAAGACUGUUUGCAUGUGGAGUGUGUGUGAAUGGAGUGGGGGAUGUGUGGGACUGACUAGUUUGCAGACUGGCCACACUGCUGGUGUCUGUGCCUUUACCAGGCAGGCUCAGGCUGUCCUCUUGCAGUUAGUUACUCUUUCUAGGAUCCUAGAUCUUGAACCCCCUUACUGGGGGUCUGAUGUUAAGGCAUACUUAUUGCCGCCCGGCAUCCGGGGUCUAGGGGCUCAACUGUAUCUAUUGUUUGUAGUUUGUUCAUUCCUGAUCUGUCUUGUGAGCUUCCUCAGAAGUAUGGGGUGUCCUUGGGCUGGGCCCGUGCGGGGGCUCAGGCUGGGGCCGCUGCCGGCCUGCGUGUUCUCCUGCACCCUUUGGUUCGGCUCCCACUCCUGUAGCCAUCUCUGCACCGUUUGGAUCUUGCAGCGUGGUGCAGCUGUGCCCAUCGCCCUGAGGGCUCGGCUGUCUGGGUCCGUGCUUGCUGAGGGAUAGCUACCUGCCGUCCGCUGCUCCCAGGCCUGUGGCUAAGGGAAGACCACCCCCACUUUGGUGACCAGGUCAAGCCAGUGCCCCCACCCCCGGAGCACCUGUCUGUACUUGUAGCCUGAUUUUGCGUGUGCCUACCUCCUGGUUUUCUUAUGCUACUGAAGAUGCUGGCCUGAGUUCUGUAUUGGCCUGAGGGUCUGUGUUCUCUGUGCCCAGGGAACAGGUCUGUGCCUCCAGAGGGUGUGUCCCCUGAGGCUAGAUCUGUAUACCUUGGGUUGGUCACAUGGUGGGAACAUCUGAUUCUUGGGGGUCAAAGCCUUGGGUACCUCUCUGCCUGCCAGGGCAGCCUUGGCAGUGAGUGAGGGGCUCUGGUCAAGUGGGUAGACAGGUUGACAAGAAUCUUGGAGUUGGUGGGAAUGGCUAGGGAGUAGCCCCCUCUGGCUUUUGACCACCCCUCCCCACGCCGUGUGUGUGUGUGUGUGUGUGUGUGUGUGUGUGUGUGUGUGUAUGUGGGUGUGGGUGUGGUACUGUAGCACAGACUCUGGGAGAAGGGACCAGCAGGCAGCUGGGUCUUCUAGACCUGGCCUCAGGAAGUGUGGAGGUUAUUGCCUGUCUGUCCCCUCUAGUGAACCCUGGCAGCCCUGUGUGGUGGCUUGGCAGGCUGGGGGGAUGGCUCUGCGUGCCAGAACCUGUCCUGGUCACCCCAGCAUUUCUGUGGAGACCCUGGGUCACCCUGCUAGGAGAGGUGGUUGAGAUUAGGGCCUUUGACUCAGUUCUGCUGACCCGAUACACACCAGCCCUGGAGGUCUGUGGUCAGUCUCUCUGGAGGGGGUUAGAAGUGGGGAGGAGCCGUGUAGGGUCAGGGUUCUUGGGGGAAGCAAGGGCCUUAGGCUUUGUCUUAACACUCUGAGGGCAGAGCUGGUGCCCAUCUUCCUUCCGCUUUCUGCUCUGCCCUCUUCCAAGUAAGAGACAGUGUUCCCACCCUGCCAAUUCUGUUCUCUUCACACCCUCACUGCUCAUUGCCUUGGCCUACGCUGGGCCCAGAAGCUCCCCCUGCCCCCAGUGGGUGGGACUGCAUGUGGGGAGUGUUUGGAGGGUCCCAGGAGUUCAUAAUCACAGAUGAUGGUACUUUCCAGAACUAUCUUGCAGAGCCGUAUCUCUGUGCGCCUUAUAGCAGCUGUGGCUAGGCAGGGCAGGACCCCUUAUCACCCCAUUAUAGGCAGACUUGAAGCCUCCGGAAGGUAGAGACUUGCCAGUAAUUGGGAACAGAGUCUGACUCAAGUCCUCCAAAUUCUAGUCCCACUUCUGAACCUCUUCUCCUGGGCAGUCUGUCCCCAACGAUAGGCUUGGACAGGGGCUGGAGGUCUAGGGGGCCAUGAACCAGUCCCCUGGGCAACAGGGAAGCUCCGUAACUGGUCCUUUCCUGGACCAAGCCUCUACCCCGGCUGCCAGCCAGUUCCUCUCCCCAGCAGGGGCCCUGUCUCUCCCAAGAGACCCCGUAGUCAGGGGCCCAGAGGGCAGUGGUGAGCCAAACAAGGCCAUUGGGCAGAGGAAGCUGGCCUGGGUCUGUUGGGUAUGGAGGUGAGGAGGGCUGCUCGUCCCCUCCUACUCUUUGGCUAGCCAGGCCCUACACACUAUCCCCUAGGGCACUGCAUUUUAAGGAGGCUUGUCCCUUCCCUGCCAGCCUGCCCUGCCCAUAACAGCCUGCCCUGCUCCACCCCCUUGGGGGCCCCACUUUGGACUGGGCCCUGGCACUGUAGAGGUUAAGGGCCUGUUCAGUUUGGGGGUUCCUCUUAUCUCCCAACUCUGAUACUCCUUCCCUUGACUUCUUUACUCCCCUGAGCUUCCCCAGUCCCCUGCUUGCCGUCAUCCCAGGGUCUCCCCUGCAUGCAGCUGCACUUGGUACAGCCCGUGCCGGCCCCUGAGCUGUCCUGGGGGACUGGCUGCAGCUCCACUCAGCAAACAGGCGGGCAAGGGGCACAGGGCUGCUGGCCGGCGCUGCCUGACUGCAGAGGCUCGGGGUGGGCUGGGGGCCCCUCCGCUGCAGUCUGCCCGAUCCCUGCCAGGCCCUGCCCCCUGCCUCAAGCACUUCCCGCUCGACCUGCGCACGUCUAUGGAUGGCAAAUGCAAGGAGAUCGCCGAGGAGCUGUUCAGCCGCUCCCUGGCUGAGAGUGAGCUACGCAGCGCCCCAUACGAGUUCCCGGAGGAGAGCCCCAUCGAGCAGCUGGAGGAGCGGCGGCAGCGCCUGGAGCGGCAGAUCAGCCAGGAUGUCAAGCUGGAGCCGGACAUCCUGCUUCGGGCCAAGCAAGAUUUCCUGAAGACAGACAGUGACUCGGACCUCCAGCUCUACAAGGAGCAGCAUGACGGGCAGGGCGACCGGGGCCUGUGGGAGCGAGAUGUAGUGCUAGAGCGGGAAUUUCAGCGGGUCACCAUCUCCGGGGAGGAGAAGUGUGGGGUGCCAUUCACAGACCUGCUGGACGCAGCUAAGAGUGUGGUGCGGGCACUCUUCAUCCGGGAGAAGUACAUGGCCCUGUCGCUGCAGAGCUUCUGCCCCACCACCCGCCGGUACCUGCAGCAGCUGGCCGAGAAGCCUCUGGAGACACGGACCUAUGAGCAGGGCCCGGACACCCCUGUGUCCGCUGAUGCCCCAGUGCACCCCCCUGCGCUGGAGCAGCACCCGUAUGAGCACUGUGAGCCGAGCACCAUGCCGGGGGACCUGGGCUUGGGUCUGCGCAUGGUGCAGGGCGUGGUUCACGUCUACACCCGCAGGGAACCCGAUGAGCACUGCUCAGAGGUGGAGCUGCCGUACCCCGACCUGCAGGAAUUUGUGGCAGAUGUCAAUGUGCUGAUGGCUCUGAUUAUCAAUGGCCCCAUAAAGUCAUUCUGUUACCGUCGGCUGCAGUACCUGAGCUCUAAGUUCCAGAUGCACGUGCUGCUCAAUGAGAUGAAGGAGCUGGCCGCCCAGAAGAAGGUGCCCCACCGAGACUUCUACAACAUCCGCAAGGUGGACACGCACAUCCAUGCCUCGUCCUGCAUGAACCAGAAGCAUCUGCUGCGCUUCAUCAAACGGGCGAUGAAGCGGCACCUGGAGGAGAUCGUGCACAUGGAGCAGGGUCGCGAGCAGACGCUGCGGGAGGUCUUCGAGAGCAUGAAUCUCACUGCCUACGACCUGAGUGUGGACACGCUCGACGUGCACGCGGACAGGAACACCUUCCAUCGCUUUGACAAGUUCAAUGCCAAAUAUAACCCUAUUGGGGAGUCUGUGCUCCGAGAGAUCUUCAUCAAGACCGACAACAGGGUUUCUGGGAAGUACUUUGCUCACAUCAUCAAGGAGGUGAUGUCGGACCUGGAGGAGAGCAAAUACCAGAAUGCGGAGCUGCGGCUCUCCAUUUACGGGCGCUCAAGGGACGAGUGGGACAAGCUGGCGCACUGGGCCGUCAUACACCGUGUACACUCUCCCAACGUGCGCUGGCUCGUGCAGGUGCCCCGCCUCUUUGACGUGUACCGUACCAAGGGCCAGCUGGCCAACUUCCAGGAGAUGCUGGAGAACAUCUUUCUGCCACUGUUCGAGGCCACCAUCCACCCCGCCAGCCACCCGGAGCUGCAUCUCUUCUUGGAGCAUGUGGAUGGCUUUGACAGCGUGGAUGACGAGUCCAAGCCUGAGAACCACAUCUUUAACCUGGAGAGCCCCCUCCCCGAGGCUUGGGUGGAGGAGGACAACCCACCGUAUGCCUACUACUUGUACUACACCUUCGUCAACAUGGCCAUGCUGAACCACCUGCGCAGGCAGAGGGGCUUCCACACGUUUGUGCUGAGGCCGCACUGUGGGGAGGCCGGGCCCAUCCACCAUCUGGUGUCGGCCUUCAUGCUGGCUGAGAACAUCUCGCAUGGGCUGCUGCUGCGCAAGGCCCCGGUCCUGCAGUACCUGUAUUACUUGGCCCAGAUUGGCAUCGCCAUGUCCCCACUCAGCAACAACAGCCUCUUCCUCAGCUACCACCGGAACCCACUACCUGAGUACCUGUCCCGCGGCCUCAUGGUCUCACUGUCCACCGACGAUCCCCUGCAGUUCCACUUCACCAAGGAGCCACUGAUGGAGGAGUACAGCAUCGCCACCCAGGUGUGGAAGCUCAGCUCCUGCGACAUGUGUGAGCUGGCACGCAACAGUGUGCUCAUGAGUGGCUUCUCCCACAAGGUGAAGAGCCACUGGCUGGGACCCAACUAUACCAAGGAGGGCCCUGAGGGCAAUGACAUCCGCCGCACCAAUGUGCCGGACAUCCGUGUGGGCUACCGCCAUGAGACCCUGUGCCAGGAGCUGGCGCUCAUCACGCAGGCCGUGCAGAGCGAGAUGCUGGAGACUAUCCCGGAGGAGGCGGGCAUCACCAUGAGCCCGGGGCCUCAGUGAGCCCGGCCCAAACAGUGCCCCCGCGUCUUGGCACCUUGACCACGUUCUGUCCUCAGACCCCUCCCGCCCUGUUGUGAUCUCUGCAUGUGUCUGUUCUUUGUUCUGUCCUGCAUGUCUCUACCUGCAUCUGUGCCGCCCAGGAGCCGCUUUACCCUUGUCUUGGCUCGGGUGGCACCUGAUGGCCCAGGUUUGAGGUCUGCCCUGCUGGUGGACCUGUCCCAGGAUCCUCUGAAGGCUGGCUGUCCUGCGGGCAUCUGAGUGUCCACAAGAGCCAGGGAUGGUUGUGGGGGUCUGGCCCUUGGGGUCCUGGCUUGGGCAAAUUUGAGCUUUGGCUGGGGCUUGAGUUUGGGCCUCCGUCUUGCUUAUGCGGCUGAGGGGCAGUCAGGUGUGGCCUGUACACGUGUGUUGUGGGCACGGACUGCCAGGGAUCUGCGGCAGGUAGAAUUGGCUGAGUCACAGCCCUGGCUGCCUGGGCUUGGGCCCCGGAGGUGCUGGACCAGCACCUCUGCCAAGUCACGGCCCAGCAGCUUUCACCGUCCUUCCUCUGGUCCAUGUGCUCCCCUGGUGUCAGCUUCCUGUGCCUCUGUGGGAGGGGGCAGCUGCCCUGUGCUGUGUCUGGCGCCAUUGCAGCUGGAGGGCCCUGGAUCUGCCACCAGCCCUGAGGGCAGUAUCCCUGCUGUGGUCCCCAGAGUUUUGACCAGACCUGGAUCCCACCUGGUCCCCUGUGUUGUGUUCUGGACCGAGGCCUUUGCUAUGAAGUGCAGUGUUUCAUACAAUCCCAUAUUUCCUAGUGCAUGAGAAAUAAAGAUUAUUUAAGUAAUGAG